CGAUAUGUCCAGCGUGACCUAACACGUUCAAGUGUGGGAGCAUGUCCCGAACCUUAUGUACAAUGAAGGUCAAGGGCGCCUCGCUUUUAAUCCGCCAGCGUUUGGGCUCCAGACGAGUGGAAAUGCCUGCGAAACGUUAAGAAAGUGAAUACAAUCGGUCAUGAAAGCAUUCGCCUAGAAACAGCAUCCUGCUGUCUCAUAUACGCAUAUAAGACAAGAUAAAAUGAUGCAGAGCAUCGAAUUGAGCUCGACAGCGCUAAGCUCAAUGGUCGUCUAUUGAACCUUAUCACAGAAGGCUGGAUAAGAGGAGAAUUGUAGCUUUCUAUCUCCUGCUCACAUUCGCUCGAUCAUUGCGAGUGGGGAAGAUUGUCGAGGACUGCAAAGAAUCCGAUACGCACGUUAUCAAGCCGAAUACUAUCUCUUCACAUCGAUUUUCGACAAGAGGCAAGAUGGAUUCGAGUUCCACGGCAAAGAACGAUGCACUGGCAGCAAUUUUCGUCCUGGGUCCGUCUUCUAGCGGAAAGACAACGCUAUGCGACGCUCUGGUCGAAGAUCUCUGCCUGGACCGUUCCAAAUAUAUCAAAGAGGUAGCAAGAAAAGUUAUGAGGUCGACUGGAUUCACAAGAAACGAUACGCAUACAUACGACAUGCAAGCCGCAAUCAUGAAAGCGCAAAUAGAAGCGGAAACGCGAGUACUUCACGAUGCGAAGUCCACAUCGGAGGGUUUGGUACUGCUGAGCGAUAGAUCAGCCGUGGAUCCCAUAGUCUAUGCGUUCAGUGCGAAGGUCAAAAUCGCUAAGGAGACGGGAGAGAGACUGUUGGAAGAUCACGAUUUUCGCACGAUACUUCCUGUAUACAGAAGAUCACUUUUUGUGGUCUUGAAGCCGGUACCCGAAUGGUUGUUUGAUGACGGCAUCCGCUCACUCAAGGAUCCAUCGAAGUACACCGACAUGCUCGAGGACAUCCUUACGAAGCUAGGAAUUAAAUUUGUAGAGAUAGGCGAGGAGACGAAGAGCCUUCGUCAAAGAGUUGACAUAGUCAAGAUAUGGAUGAAUGAGUGGCGCGCCGGGAGGUCACUGGAAGCUUUGAAUAUCUGAAUUUGAAACAUGUCUGAGUCUAUUGUAGGCAUGGAGGGGAAACAUCGGCAAAUGAAUUAGAGGAAUAGAUAAAAGAGACGUCGAACUAUCUUGUACGAAGGACAGCUAGUGCUCAUUGCGCAGCCGGUAUGGAGUAAAUCAUGGAAGCAAAACAUCCUUGAGCCUUCAGAAUCCGGCCAGUCGCGCUCAUUAUUACAG